AAAUACCGAACUUGCAUUGAAGGGAUUUUGUAGCGUCCUACGAGAAGUAGACGAAGAAGGCUUAGCGACCGAGUUUUCUGACUGUCCCGAAGAAGCCAAGUAUAAACUCGCGCAUGCGUCAUUUACACAAGGAGAACUUUUAAAGAAAAGAGAGCAAAAUGGUGAAGCAUUGAAGUUCUAUUCAAUAGCCGUGACUACUUCGUGUUGUCGAGACGCAGGAAUUUUGCGCGCGCGAGGGAAAUGUUUGGAGAACCUCUAG